CAUACACCCAAAAAUCAGUGAAAUUGAGAAAGAAGAACAUAAACUGGUGAAUACCAGGACGAAGAACUCUCUAGAAUGUUAAAGUUAAUGGCAUUAUAUGGUAGAGAGAGAUUAUAAUGGUGAGUGAGAAAGAAGCAAGAAAGCAACAAUGGAGAAAGAAGUUUUGGAGGCUGAAUUAGUUUUACCUACUCACUUAAGCUUCAAGAAAGUUCAGAUGUAUGAAAAAUACCCAAAAGGUCAAUCCAGAGGCAGACAUUGGAAGCAUCUUAAACAGAUUCUUCAAGCUGAAAAUUACCAAAAUUACCCUCUUGAUGAACCCAAUUAUAUGAACGUUGAGGCACCACCUUCAAUGCAUCCACCCAAGAGAAUUUGUGAUAUUACUGGAUAUGAGGCACUAUAUUAUGAUCCAAGGACCAAAUUGCGUUAUGCCAAUGCUGAAGUCCUUAAACUCGUCAGGUCACUUCCCAAUGAUUAUGUGCAACAGUAUCUGGCUCUUAGGAAUGCUGCUGUCAUCCUUAAGUAGUUUUACCUCCCUCAAACAAUGUUCUGCUCAGCUACCUGACAAGUUCUUAUCAUUGAAUUCAACCAAAAUUGCUUUUGCUCUACCAUGAAAUCUUGCAAUGUGCAAUCUGAAUCAAGUUAGGCAUCUAGGUUGUGCUUCUGAUAUUUAAGAACUUGUAUAGUUGUAUUAGUUAGUUGGCUAAUUGGGUUUUGUAUGUUGCUGAAUUGAUAAUGAUCUUGAGUGUAGUUUUGUAUGCAAUUUCUUAAACACUUGGUCAGUGUUUCCAGGUUUUUAUAAAAAAAAUAUAUGAAAAAACUUGCUCAUGUAAAUGGAGAUUACACAUUUACGCUA